CCAAAUAUUUUGUGUUGUACGGACACUGGACGCCCUACUAUCCAUUUCUCUGCCGAUCAUCAUCUUUUUCUUGCAGAAGAGGCAAAAUGUUCAAAUCUGAGCUUAACCAGCUAUGUCAACGUAAUCUAUGGGGACUUCCCGAAUAUUCCAACUCAAAAGACGGCCCGGAUCAUGAUCCGUGCUUCAAUUCCGUAGUUAUCGUCAACGGCGUUAGCUUUCAGUCCCCAAAUAUCUGUCGAACUGUUAAAGCAGCUCAGAAUUGCGCCGCCGAGCUUGCUUUCAAUCACUUUUCUGGAUCCUCCUCCUCCAAGGACACUUCUUCCGCUAGCCAUCCUCUGCCUUCCGUAACACUUACUCAAGGAAAUGUGAUGCAACGUCCUCUUACUCCUGUUGAAGUGAAAGACAACAAGAACACUCCAGGAAAUGUUAUGCAACGUCCUCUUACCCCUGUUGGAGUGAAAGACAACAAGAACACUCCAGCCGGACAACAUAUGUAUAAGAGUCGGCUACAAAAAUAUGCGCAAAAGAGAAACAUGGGUUUUCCUGUAUAUUCAUUUGAGCGUCAAGGUCCUUCACAUAUUAGUCAGUUCAAGUGUAAAGUUACUGUUGGUGGACAAACUUAUGAGGAUCCAAUGUUUUAUUUCACCCUCAAAGAAGCUGAAAAUGCUGCAGCCAAAAUUGCUUGGGAACAAGUUUCACCCAAUGAAGAUCAGGAGGAUGAAUCGGUUCUGUAUAAAAAUCUCUUACAAGAAUUGGUUAAAAAAAGAGGCUUCAUUCCAUGUUAUGAGACAAAAGGAACUGGUCCAUCUCACAUUCCUGUUUUUGUCGCAACCGUGAAAGUAGGUGACAAAGUGUAUCAAGGGCUACCUGCCACGAGCAAAAAACAGGCAGAGAUGAGUGCAGCAAAGUCAGCCUUUGAUUUUCUUAAAGAUGAACCACUACAUUUAACUGAACACCGCCAGCAGAAUGGUUGCACCAAGGACAGUCUGCAACGUGGACCAUUGCAUUUAAAUGAACAGCAUCAGCAGAUAGUUUGCACCAAGGAAGAUCUGCCAAUGGGACCAUUGCAUUCAUAUGAAAAACAUCAGCAGUAUGGUUUCACCAAGGAAAAUCUGCAAAUGGGACCACUGCAUUUAACUGAACACCGCCAGCAGAAUGGUUGCACCAAGGACAGUCUGCAAUGUGGACCAUUGCGUUUAAAUGAUCAGCGUCAUCAGAAAGUUCGCACAGAGGAAAAUCUGCAAAUGGGACCAUUGCAUUUAAAUGCAAAACAUCAGCUGAAUGGUUUCACCAAGGAAAAUCUGCAAAUGGGACCAUUGCAUUUAAUUGAAAAAUCUCAGCAGAAUGGUUGCACCAAGGAAACUCUGCAAAUGGCUACAAAAGUUCUGAACGAGCCAACUACCAAAACUGCUGGCUUUAGCUAUCCUCCGCCCAUGCCAACAGCAGUUAAAGAUGGAAAAAGGCCAAGGAGCCCAACAUCAUGUGAUAAUGUACCUCUAGCUGGAGAGGAUCAGAUGACUGCAGAUAAUAGGACUCAUCAUAUGAUUUUGGUCUACCCAAGAUCAAAGAUGCCAAAUUUGCGGGAAAACGACACUACUGUUUCCGUGCCUUAUGCCCAUGACAAUUGGGUUGCUGUUAAGAUGGAACACAAAUCUCAAAUCUAGUUUUCGAUGACAAUUGGGUUGCUGUUAAGAUGGAACACAAAUCUCAAAUCUAGUUUUCUUUACUCCUAAUGUUAUACUCUGUGAUAGAUUAUAACCUCCCUGUGAAACUUAAGCUAUUGACUUGUGUAAACUUCUGUGUAAUGUUUUCUUUCUAUUUGGGAACAUGUAGCUUAAACCUUAAAUUUUAAACUCUCAAAACUUAAGCUAAUGACAGUUAAGGUUUAAUUGAUAGCUAAUAUCAUUAUCUCUUGUUAGAUUCUUAAUUGAAAUACAUGAUAUGAUAUUGGUCUA